AUGAAUCGAAAGUGGGAGUCCAUUGAAAGUAAAAAUCGAGUAUUUUGUAAUGGUCGUUGUAUUACCGGUCAUAAUCUUGGUAUAUUUAUAUUUGCACUUUUUCUAAUCAUUGCUAUAUCUGGACUUUUCUUUGGUUUUGAUUGUCCUUAUCUAACCAAACGACUUAGUCCAGCUAUACCAGUUUUUGCUGCUAUUAUAUUUCUUAUGGUUAUUUGUUGUAUUGUACGUACAGCUUUUACAGAUCCUGGUAUACUUCCUCGAGCAACACCAGAUGAAAUACUCUAUCUUGAAAAAUCAGAUAAUUCACAAAAUGUAGCUUUAUCUGGACGAGUUAUGGAAAUUCAAAUGUAUAGUGGACAUCGAAUUCAACUUAAAUAUUGUCAAACAUGUAAAAUUUUUCGACCACCACGAGUAUCACAUUGUUCAUUAUGUGAUGCAUGUAUUGCAAAUUUCGAUCAUCAUUGUCCAUGGGUUGGAAAUUGUGUUGGUCUACGAAAUUAUCGAUAUUUUUAUUUAUUUUUAUUUUCAUUAUCAAUUCUUUGUGUUUAUAUAUUUGUUUUUAAUAUUAUCAAUAUUGUUUUACGAGCACAAGAUGCAUCAACAGUUGCUGAUGCAAUUCGUGAAACACCAGCAACUAUUGUCGAAGCAUUAGUAUGUUUUAUAUCAAUUUGGUCUGUUAUUGGUCUAUGGGGUUAUCAUACAUAUUUAAUUUGUCGUAGUGUUACAACGAAUGAAGAUGUAAAUAUUUGAA